CGCGACCGUUGCCACGUGCUCUUUCUUCUAGAACCUUCGGUGGAAGGACCGUUGGGAUGUUGAUGGUUCAUUAGGCACUUCAGCGAUAUACAUUGUCGCCGAGUGCCGCCACAUCUUUAUCUCUAUCUCUAUCGUCAGUCCGUCGGAUUUGAAGUAUGCCGGUCGUGACACUAUGGCGGAGGAAAGCUAGCGAUGGGUGUGUCUAGCGCACGGGACCAUCGGAUUUGUUGAUGACAGUUUUGACUAGGAAAGUGAGGGCAAUAGUCAUUGCUUCUGAUUGGAUGAGAAAAAGGUUGGUGGGCAAGGAAAUGUUCUAACCGCCCCGGAGAGAAAGUUGCUAACCGGAGACACCGAACGUGAGAAAAACCAACUUUCCCGUAUCAUUCCGUAGUAGACAACUGGCUGUCAUGUUGCCCGCGGAUUGGGGCCUGACAUAUCACAGCUUCAACUUUUCCGUCUUCUUUGGGAAUGUUCUAACAGUGGCUCAGAAGCCAAGAACCUUUCCAAAUAAUCAGCAGUCAAUCAUCGUGUUUUGUUCUGCUGGGAUAGCGCGGCAGUUCGAUGGCGUAACGCUUCUGUUCCUCUCAGAUUCGACUGUAAAUAACUGUAGCAUUAGGAAUCAUUCAUGGAGGAAAUCGACGCGUGGCUGGUCAGCCGUUCUACCGAUCGAUACCGAAUCAACGGAGAGACAAUUUAAUUCCGUCGAAGAACAUGUUCUAGUUGAAGACAUCGGCUGA